AUGGAUAAUGUUCAAGUGGCCAUGAUCUCAACCAACUAUACAGACAUCGAUCCAACUGCCAAGACUAUUGAUGCAGCUUACAAUGAUUUUGAGACUACUGGUGUAUUUCCAGUUGGAGAAACUAUAAUUGAAUACAUCUUCACUGAUAGUGCAUCGCCUACAGGAAAUGAAGCUACAUGUUAUGUCACAAUAGUAAUAUCAGAUUUUGAAAGUCCAGUUUUCACAGAAUGUCCUAGUAGCAUUUAUGAGAACACAGGUGUGAUGAGUGCAUCUGCUUUAGUGAAUUGGUCCGUCAAAGCAAUGGACAACUCAGGAGAGGUGAAUGUUACCAGCAAUUUCAGUCCACCUGCUUCAUUUCAAAUUGGAUUAACAAUUGUGCUAUAUGUUGCCACUGACAAUGAUGGAAACACCGCUGAAUGUGAAUUUAAUAUUACAAUAUCAGAUAUGGAAGAACCUGUAAUAUAUGGAUGUCUGACUGACGAUGUUACAAUUAAUACAACUAGUGGACAACCAACAGCUGAAUAUACCUGGCCUAAAGUUAAUGCAUCAGACAACUCUGGUUCUGUAACACUAUAUGGUCCUGUCCCAACUGGUAACACCUUUAAUAUUGGUGCAAAUAUGGUUUCAUAUUUAGCAACUGAUGAUUCAAAUAAUUUCAAGGCGUGUAUGUUCACUGUUACUGUCACAGAUGUGGAAGCACCAGUUAUUGAAAACUGUCCAGGACAUAUAAUUGAGUUUGCUAAAGACGGUGGCUAUGCUAAUGUAUCGUGGGUAGAACCUAUUGCAUCAGACAAUUCAAUGGCAGUUACUUUAGUGCCUGAUAAAAGUAUUGGCAGUUCAUUUCAAGUCGGAUCCACAAUUGUAACUUACACUGCUUCAGAUAAAUCGGGAAACCAAGCAAUGUGUACAAUAAAUGUUACAGUUUUUG